AUGUCUCAUUUGGCAGCCAUCAUUUCUGCCCCCAAGGCUCCCCUAGAGGUCCAGGAGAUCGAAACACCUCAGCCUGGGCCCGAUGAGCUCCUUAUCAAAAAUGAGAGUAUUGCACUCAUGCCGAUUGACGCGAAGAUAGCGAGAUUUGCAAUGCUUCCCAUUCAGUAUCCAGGUAUUCUCGGCAGCUCAUUUGCCGGCACCAUCAUUGGAGUCGGCGCUGAGGUUACCGGCUUUGACGUUGGCGACAAAGUUGUCGCUGUCAAAACGGCAGGGACGACCGGGAACAAAUACGGCGCCUUUCAGAGGUUCGCAGUCUGCCGUGCGGUUACGGCUACUAAACUCCCGAGCGAGGCGGCCCUUGACACUGCGGUCCGCCUGGUUGGCAACUUGAGCACCAUUACUGCUCUGUUCAAUGCAGAUUUGGGGUUGGUGAGACCCAGUCCCGGCAUUUCAGCACAAGUCCAAGGCAAGCGAAUCUUGAUAUACGGAGGGACUUCCAGCUUAGGAAGUCUAUCGGUGCAGUACCUCACGCAAGCUGGGUACGAUGUCAUCACAACUACGUCCCCCCGACAUAAGGAUUUUGUAUCCCGUCUGGGCGCCUCUCGAGUCAUCGAUCACACCCAGGCCUUCGAGACGACUGUCAAAGCGCUCGUUGCGGCCGGUCCUUACGAUAUUGUUGUCGAUGCCAUCUCGAAUUCGGAGACAAUCAAGAUCGCGGGAGAAGUUCUUGCAGCGCAAGGAGGAGGAAAAAUCUAUGCACUGCAGCCCGCGUUUGGCCCUGAGACUCUACCUGCUGGCGUUACCCGUAAAUUUGGAAGUUGGUCGCUGCUGCUGGGCAAAAAGGAGCAUGCAGAGUUACUCGAGUGGACUUUUAGCACAUACCUUCCGCAGGCUCUUGCCCAGGAAAGUCUGAUCCCUGUCUCCGCGAGAAAGAUUCCUGGCGGACUCGCCGGAUUGGAGCACGCAUUCGACGUACUGAUCAAGGGAGUCAGCAGCGAGAAAUUAAUUGUGGACCCUUGGGAAUAA